CAAACUCAUCGAGAGUUCAUCAGACGUUUCGGUAAUGAGAGCGUUGACGAGAUUGACGCUAGGAAACUGCGCAAAUUUCUCUUGGAGCAUUUCACUGAACCGGGAAGUGAAUUGGAGACGUGUGAGCCGAGUGACUGGCAUCAUGAACCAAUCAAAUUGAUCAGGAUCAACGAUGUGGACUUGAGGAACUGGGCAAUGAGACUAAAUGAAAUGUGGUUGCAGCUGUGCAGAAAGGUAAGCAAGCAUGAUCUGAUCGCAUUAUCAGUUGUCUAUCAUGAUCUAUCAUUGAUAUCAGUUGUCUACGUUAUCUAUCAUUGA